AUGUUGCCACCUUCGAUCUUAUAGAAGCAUUUCAAACUAAAAAUUAUCAUCCUAAUGAAGAACAGAUAAGAAGAUUGAUGGACAUAAUUGUGAAUGAUCAAGUUGAGAAUAUGGAAAUCAUCACAGGAGCAUAUAGAGUUUUACAGCAUAUAUUACAAACAAGUGGCACUACGGCAUUUCAAAAAAUUUGGAAAAUCGAUCACGUAGAUCAUGAACAAGGACCACUUUGGAAUAAAUAUACUGACUUUUGGAAUUUCCUUGAACAACUUAUACCGUAUCAACAAUCAACUGACAAAGUAGAAAAAGUAGAAAGAGUGGAGAGAGUUAUAAUGUUACUCGAUCAUAUAGUUUGCGUGUUUGAAGCUGAUAUAUAUUCAAAGAGAGGAAAUUUAGGAAAUUCAAUAUUAUUGUCACUUAUCCCCAAAGGAUACGGUAGAUUACGUACCAAUAUUAAAGGUCAUAUCUGUACUGAUAGUCUAAAAACAGAACUUUAUAUACAAAUGAAUAAACUUGAUCCAUUUCGAUUUCAAUUAUUUCUUCAGACAAUGGCAUCUAAUACAUUCAAGUGUAUACUUCUUGAUCACGCCCUUAAAGAUACAAAUUUAACUCAAAUUUCCCGUCAAAAUAGGAAUUCAUUAAAUUGUCCCGUGAAUUUACUAAAAAUUACUCAAAUUUACUUUGAUUCUUCUCCUUAUUAUAAAAAUUCUACUAAAUCUAGUGCCACCUGGCGUCAUAUUUUCAUUUUAUGUUCUUUAUUACAAAGUUAUAUUCAAUCAAAAAUAUUUCGAGUUGGGGAUAAAAUUUAUUCCGGUUUAGACGAUGAUGAAAUUAAUUUGAUUGGUAAUAGUAAUGAGAUAAAUGAAAGGAUUAAUGAACUAGUAGAUUCACUUAAUGAAGAUGAAGAUAUAGAUCUGGAUCUUAAAAAACGAACAAAAUUUCUUUUGGAUUUAAAUUUGUCUGGUGACAAUAAUGUUAGCCCUAAUAUUUUAAUUAUGCCUAAUUGA